AUGGGGCAGCCGCCGGCCCCUGGUAUCAUCUGCUUCAUCGUCUUCUUCAUCCCCUCGAUAGCAGCUGCAGCUGCCCCCCAUGGCGAGCGUCCCAGCCGGGGGCAGCGUCACCCUGAGCUGCACCUUCCACAGCCGCAACCGGACCGGGACACAAGUCACCUGGGCCAGGGGCUCCCGGGAGGCCGUCGUGCUGGACCCCGCCCACCCCUUCUACCGGGGUGGCUGGCCCAGAGCCAGCGGGACCAGCAGGGCCGGGAGGAGGCCUCGGUGACCCUGUCGGAGCUGAUGGAGAGGGACUCAGAUCUCUACCACUGCUACAUCACGUACCCGCAGGGCGAGCAGGCGAAGGGCACCGGGACCACCCUGACUGUGAUAGGCAGAGCUGUUGCAGAAAUUCCAGCUGGUUGCAAGAGGGCGCCGAACCCAAAUGUGGGAGCAUUCGGCCAGAAACAGGAUGGUCUAAGAGUUUCUCAGGAGCCCAAGUCCCUCAACGCAACAGUCGGGGAGAACGUGACCCUAAGCUGCACCUUCCAGAACAGAAAUGGCAGCAGAGCCAAGGUGCUUUGGUUCAGGGGCUCUGGAGAAGACGUGGUGCUGGAUGCUAAGCACCCCUUCUACCAGGGGCGGCUCCAUGUGUCCAGGCUGGUUGAGAUCAGUAAGGGGAACGCGACACUGACCCUGGGUAAACUGGACAAGAGAGACUCUGGCCUCUAUCAGUGCUGCAUCGAAAUCCAGAAUGAGACAACAGGGAUGGGAGAAGGCACAGAUCUAAGAGUGUUGAGGAGAAACCAGAGUGUGACUGACAAUAGAAAGGAAUCGAAGCAGGACACCAGCACAGAACUCACCAUCUACAGAGCCACGACUGCUCUGGCAGGUGUCAGCAUCAUCAUCUUAGUUACCGCCCUCCUGCUGCGCAGACGCACAGCAGCCUCCCCAGACACCCAACAGCAGCAGCCGGCAAAGGUGAGACCAUUAAAAUUGGAGCCUGAGUUUAACUGGGUGGCAUUGUCCGUUUCAAGACAGCGUUGACGCGUGGUCCAUGUGACUGUGGUAGAAAGCAGUGGAACAUGGGAGAGGGUUGGGGUGCUAUAGCCGUUAGAUAUUACAAGAACGGAAGCUGCAAAAGUACCAGGUUAUCUAUCAUCUAGACCAGUGGUUUUCAGCACCGAGGGCUUCAGUGGGUGCAUCCAUUCAUCUAGAUAUUUGCAUAGGUUUACAACAGGCUACAUAAAAAAUACCAGUAAAGUCAGUACAAUCUUAAAAUUUCAUCCAGUUUAUUGUUUACACUGCUCCAUACAUUUCAGUGUAGAGUGUAACUACAAUAUUUAUAUUUCAAUUGAUUUCUUUUAGAAUUAUAUGGUAACAAUGAGAAAUUCAGCAAUUUUCCAGUAACAGUGCUCUGUGACACUUUUGUAUUUUGAUGUCUGAUUUUGUAAGCCAGUAGUUUUUAAGGUGAAACUUGGGGAAUGCGAGACAAAUCAGACCCCUGAAAGGGAUACAGUAGUCUGGAAAGGUUGAGAACCACUGAUCUAGACAGACAGACGUGCACAUGGGGACAGGCAGACAUGAACGUACAUACAGACCAUUGUGCACAAAGACAAGUGGACAGCAAGAAUCUCAACUCGCAGCCCCUCUGCUAUUCCAGCCCUGGGCCCCCUUCUCCGCACACAGUCUGCCGGUGCCUCUCAAUCCCGACUUGUAGCCAGUUGGGAGGGUCUCUGGGGGCUGAGUCACACUGGCGUGGGGCUGUGUGUGCUUGGGACAAUAGCACACACGGAUCCCCCAACACACAGCCAGGGGUCUCCAUUUUACCUACUUCCCCCUUAAAUGCACUCACGGGGCUGGAAAGACGCCAGCAGGAGAUGGAGCCUGGGUGACUUGAUUUGUGUCUUCAACAGGGGCGCAGCAGAGCUGGUGGUAACGCGAGCAA